CUAUAAAUGUAAAUAAUCAAAAUUAAAUCAUUACUUUAGUUCCAAGCUGACGCGGCACCAUCUUCUUCAAUCCCUACCACCACCAACCACAAAGCUAAAACAACCAAAAAAAUCUAGUCCAUGAAAAGAAAAGUUUCAAACUUUCACAACUCAUAAUUGAAUCCCAAAAAAACUAAAAAUCAAAAAUAGUAAAGCUCAGAAUAAAGAGUGUCUCCUCUAGGAAAGUAAAAAAAAUCACAAAAGCUUCAAUCUCCACCGUUACCAAAUCCAUAUCACAGCUCUCUCUCUCUCUCUCUCUCAAAGAUGGAGGACAUGCUUACCAAAAAAAAGAAGAUGGAGGAAACGGUUUUCGCUAAGCUUUCAGACGAUGUCGUUCUGAACAUAUUCUUCAAGCUCGAAGAUGACCCACGAAACUGGGCUCGAGUUGCUUGUGUUUCCACCAAGUUCUCGUCUCUGAUCCGCAACUUUUGCUGGCGCAACAAGUGCACCACCACCAUCCCCUCCGUCGUCUCCGACCUCCUCUCCUCCGCCACCGCCGACUCUCCGCCCGGCGGCUGGGCUGCCCUUCACAAACUCGCCGUGUGCUGCCCUGGCCUCCUCCACUCCGGUGUCCUCCUCGAAAACUCCGAUUUCGGCCUCGAACGUGAGCUCGGCCCCGACGAAACUUUCCGAAACUCUCUCACCCUCACCCUCAACAACAACAACAACACUGAUACUAAUAAUACGCCUCAAACCCAUGAAGCUAGUUCAUCUAGCAAUAGUUGUUCCUGGUCUCUCUAUGACGAUCUUUACUUUGACACAGUUUACGAUGUCGCAGGUUCGACAGAAGGUACGAUGAAUCCAGUUGAGGUGUUAGAGAAUAGUAACAGCGUUGGUGUUGGGGUUGGGGUUGUUAAGGAUGGGAUUGAAUAUUCGAAGAGGUCGCAUUUGGCAUCUGGGGUUUGGAAUCUGAGCAGAGAGGAAGGGAGCAAGUUACUGGCUAGGCAGUUCCGCGAUGAUUGUUUGUACAUUUGUGAUUGGCCAGGGUGUGCUCACAACAUUGAGGACAAGCGGAACUACAUGCUUUUCAGAGGGAUUUUCAAGAAUUUCAAGAGGUCCAGGGUUUGGAGGACUAUCAAUGAUGGGAAUAGAAGUAGGGUUGAUUUGAAUUGCGCGUUUUGUGAGUGUAAACAGACAUGGGAUUUGCAUUCCGCGUUUUGUUUGAGACGGUAUUUUGGGUUCCAUGAUGAUGGGGAGCCUGUUGUCAGAGCUUAUGUUUGUGAGAAUGGACAUGUCUCUGGUGCCUGGACUGAUUGGCCUUUGUACACUUGAUGGCAUGCCCAAGUGUGUCUAUGCUUGCUUUGGUGGGUUCUUUUCAUUUCUCAUUAGGGUCCUUACGGAUUUGUUAUGCUUGUUUCUACUGUUGUUGUUGUUUGAUUUAGAUUCCUUGUUUGUGGUUUGUAACUAAAGGUUUGGUGAAGACUCAAUUUGGACUGUGGGAUUUAAUAUUGAUUGUGUUAUCAACUAUGAAUCAUAGUUGGGAUGGGCUUAUUAGAUUAUUAUGUUAACACAAUGAAUGAGAUAGCAUGUGUGUGUGUGGUUGUGGUUUUGAUUUAUAUAUGUAAAACUUGUGCAGAUAACAUUUUACUGUUUCUGUUACUCUCUAUGCAAUUCAAUGAUUCCUUUUUGUG